CGCUCGCAGGCUGCACGUCGAACUCGAGCUCUCCAAGGCUACCACCAUCACCCCACUCAAAAUGUCCGCUCUCCGCCUCACCUCGUCGCUCCGCGUCGCCUCGCGCCAGGUCCAGGCCGCGUCCCUGCGCAGGGGGUACGCCGCCGCCGCCGACGAGAAGCUCAAGCUCUCGCUCGUCCUUCCCCACCAGGCUCUCUUCUCCGCGACCGGCGUCACCCAGGUCAACAUCCCCGCCGCGACCGGUGACAUGGGUAUCCUCGCGAACCACGUGCCGGCGAUCGAGGCGCUGCGCCCCGGUGUCGUCGAGGUGAUCGAGGACGGCGGCAAGUCGGGCAAGUGGUUCGUCUCCACCGGCUUUGCGACCAUGCACGGCAACAACUCGCUCACGAUCAACGCCGUCGAGGCGUACCCCCUCUCGGACUUUUCGAUCGAGAACGUGCGCGCCGGCCUCGCCGAGGCCAACAAGGUGCUCGGCUCGUCGGCGCCCGAGGCCGAGAAGGCCGAGGCCCGCAUCGAGGUCGAGGUCUUUGAGGCCCUCCAGGCUGCCCUUGCCAAGUAGAGCGUGUAGAGAGUAGGGAAAGGCCCGGUACACGGGCUCCAUCGCAUGCAGCGGUGCAAAUGG